GGAAUAUAUUUUUUUAAGUUUUUUUUCUGCUCUCAAAAUUUGAAUGCAUCAAUUCUCUUGUUAAGCAUUUUAUUUGGAUGUUGAUGGAGGUCGUCAAUAAGUAACGAUUAUCUCAAAAAGUGGCUCGUUGUUAAUAAAAGUACAUAUUGAAUUUAGAAUUUAAAAAGACAUCACAAAAUGACUAGUAAAUGGUGUUCUUGCCAGCCGGGUCUAUGGACACAAUACUACACUUUGGUAAAUAAAUCAAUGAAGGUAUAUUACUCUAUAAUCCUAGGUGAAGAAUUGUAUACACUGGAUUUGGAAAAUCCAGAAACACAAAUAAAAGUGUCUUUUCUCUUGAAUCAGGAAGAUAAUUAUGAACUUCAAAACCAAUUAAGAGGAAAGCAAGUUUUCUUUCGCUCUGAAAACCCUCGAAUAUUGGCUUAGGUAGCACCAGGGAUUUGUAAAAAAAGAUACUUAUAUUAGAACUGAUUUAAACUCAAAACAAUGUAAUGAUUGAGAAAAUGGCUCCUUUUCCUAAGACGUUGUAAGAUUCAGCCUCAAUAAGCAGACUGGUAACAUAUUUAGUUUAAUUAUAAGGGAUAAUUGAAGCAGGAAGCAGAUAUCCUCAGUCUAUUGAAAGAGCAUGAACAUUAAAAUAUAAUUAAAUUGGAAGAAAUCGUGACUGACAACGAAUGUGUAUCUAUAACUCUAGAGAAUUGCUAAGGAGGUGAUCUACUUAAGUUAUUAAAUAAAAAAGCCAACAAGAUAGAUGUUCCUCUCUUUAUGAAAAACCUACUCUCAGGUACUAGAUUGUCUUAAUAAUUAAAUAGGUUUAAAACAUCUUCACGAACUAAACAUAGUACAUCGAGAUAUCAAACUUCAAAACAUAUUGUUUCUAGAUACUCAAAAUGGCAAUAGCUUAAAAAUUGCUGAUUUUGGUCUUUCUUGUUUUAAAUAACAAAUCCCAUACUAUAACCCUAGGUAAUAUUUGGAAUAAUAAUUCAAUAGAUGUGGAACUCCUGGGUACACUGCUCCAGAAGUAUUUGACCAAUAGUGUACUUAUGAUGAGAAAGUAGAUAUCUACAGUGCUGGAAUCAUUCUCUACAAUAUGUAUAUAAUUUGGCUUAUAUAUAUUUAGGUUGACCAGAAAAAACCCUUUCGGUAAUUCGAAGAAUGUUUAAGAUAUCAUCAAAAGAAACAUCAGUGGAUAAUAUGAUGAAACUCAUUUGGUGAAUGUGAAAAUAAAUAAUCCUCUUGGAUAUGAUCUACUUAUUAAGAUGCUCUAGAAAGUUCCUCGCAAUCGUCCAAGUGCAAGUGAAUGCCUACAACAUCCAUACUUAAAUUUAGAAAAUAGAUUAAUUGAGGAUGAUGAAGACGGGAAUAUAUAUGAGAGUCAGAAGAGAGGUCAAACAAUAAAACGUGUAAAGAUUUGA